AUGGCCUCGCCUCAGAAAGCCAUUACGGAUCUUGACGCGAAUGCGGUCGCAACCUCUGCAGACCAAAGGGCGGACAAACUUGGUAUGAAACAGAUCAUGCCUGUACGGACAUGUUUGGUAAUCAUGGAGAAUUUCGUAGAUGAUACAAUCCAUCUUAUCACUGAUCCUUUCGAGAAAGCGAAAUCAUUUUAUAGCAAAAACAGCGAUACGAUUCACGCCACUAUUCAGCUGUUUACUGGCGGUUCAACGACGGGCAAGAUUAUUGAUGGAUGGUUAGGCACUGUCGACAGAGUAGUUAAUGGACUCGACGAGCUCGCCAAGUCUUCACCCUUUCCAUUUAUAGGACCCGCAAUACUUCUCCUUUCAGCAGUUGUAAAGCUGGAAACUCAACGUCGAGAGAAUAGCAGGCGAACACGGGCCCUCAUCUUGCAAAUGGCGGAUAUGCUUUCCGCUUUGUUGCAACUUCAUUUCGUUCAGGAUCCUGAACUUGAGGAUGCUAAGGGACAGAGCGUCCAAGGACGCAUCCAGGCUCUGAUGGAAGAUAUCAAGAAAGAUAUUCAAGAUUGUGGAAAUCUAAUCGACACGUACCACAAGCACAGUUUGACGAGCAAAUUCUUCUUCAGCGGUUCAUACGCUACCAAAUUUAGUGCCAAGGCAAGCAGCCUCGUGAACCGCAAAUCCGAUAUCAUCUUCGCUCUUCAAAUCCACAAUACCGUCAACAUCGAUGCUAUCCGAGCAGAAGUGACGGACACCAAUGCAAUGCUUAAGAAGCUCAUCGACGUAGUCUCUCACAAAUCUGAAUGGCACAUUCGGUAUGAACAAGCGAUGAAUGAUUUCGGAGGACGGAAGAAAGUCCUUGGGAAUGACGGAUUACUUACAUCGAUGGCGACCAUGAUCCAGGUGGGGAUGACAAAGGACGAAAUGACUGCUCAAACUGCAAAUGUCGCAGGUCGAGAGAUGCUUGGUGGUGUCAGUGUUCUCAGCGCACGAGAAAUGCACGAGCUGCGUCUGCCACUUGAUGCCAUUCUGGCCCAGAAUGCGGGAUAUUUCUCAAAGAAGCUCGACGCUCAGAUGGAGGCAAUCUCCAAUCAAUUGGAUAAGGUUCAGCACUCCACCACUCAGAUUUUGCGUACAAUCACGGGUGGUGCCUAUGAGCGCAUUGUGCAUCCUAUUAUUCGACACAUAUGGAAGGAAAUGGUCCGUCAAAAUCAUGAACUUUUAUUUGUCGUGCGUCUCACUCUUGCACACAAGGGCUGGCAUGCGAAUGUCAAAGCACGGACAUUCGUCAUGACUCUGCAUGAUUACUUUCUGGACAUGUUCGCUCACACUUUAGGGGCAUCAAUCAUCGGUGUUGGGGGGAAUUUCUCGAUGGCUAACCAAAUUGAUUUAACUGGAGGCGAUGCUGAAACCUCUGUUGAUGCGUCGACGGGGACAACUUGUUUGGAUGGUGCUUCAGAUCUCGCUGACAAGUGGUGCCUUCAAUUUUUGAAUCCCCGAUACGUGACCUCAAUCAUGGAAGCCUUUGAUGAUGAUAGUUCGGGUUAUGUGCGGGUCAGCAAGGUUAAUGACUUCACAAAUUCGAUUCCGAAGGGUUGGAGUUUGCUACAGUGGUUAGCAUACUGGGCACGCGGUAGGAUCGUUCCCACCUCAUUUGUGGUUUUUUUGUCUCACGCUGAGCCUCUACUACAAGGAUGGCGCGUUGAGACAUCCAUUUAUGCUCAACUGAUUCACGCACUGUUGAGUCAGAUGCGUGGGCUUGCGAACACUGCACACGUAGCGAACUCCCGCAUCAUCCAGGGUUACUUUCAUGGCCGCUGGGUCCUCGAGCUGAACAGACUUGUCAAGUGCACAAUGUUCAAGAACCGGGACUUCACCAACACUCCUCUAGAUGAUCUGAUCAAGGCUCGGAUCGAGGAGAAGAGGGAAAGAUUGGUUCCUGCACUGCAGAGGCUUUACUUCGACCUCGACGAUGUGGAGUCUUUGGAGUUGAUUAAGGAGCCAGGUAGGAUCGAGAAAGAUUUGUUCGCGAUUCUUUAUCUAGUUCUUCUUCGCCAUGCGAGUAUGAUGAAACUUGCCAAGACUGUCAUCCUAGAUGAUCGUGAAUUUACGGAGGCUUCUACAACCCUUAGUUGCAUCUUCGAUGCUAUCCACGUUCGCCUCAGCGAUUUAGAAGAAUCACAGAAGGGACAUGGCAUGGAUGCAGCUCAUUUCAUCGCGAGAUACGCGGGUGGUAUCUACGAGUUUUUAUAUCAGAAGAAUGUUCCCGACAAUCUCGGGGGAAUCGUGAACGAUGACGCCGUUGAAGGCGUGGCCGCAAUCUUGGAAAAGUCGAGUAUUGAUGUCAAAGACUUGCGGUUUGGCCCUUGGCAUUUAGAUACUUCAGGUUACGAGGAAGAGCCCGAGCCAGAGAUUGAACAAGUCCAGGAUGAAACCAUGCCUCCACUCGCUCCAGGAUCGCCCGUUCUCAUUCGUAGGGCUAGCAUCAGCGGAGAGGCCUACGUCAGACAAGUGAUAUCUCAGCUGGAGCUUCUGACAGCUGAUGAACGCUUCAAAUUUGUGAAACCGUCUGUCAGCAUGCUCAGGUCAAUAGCUGAUGCCGAGUAUGAGAGAUGGCUGAAAACCGAUAUUCCUCGGGCCCUCAUUGCGCAAAUGGCGGACGUGCUGCAUACCCUCCUACAACUUCGGCACAUGGAUAAUCUUGAGCUUGUUACCGAUUGCGGCGUCACUAAUAUUAGCCGAACGCAAGACGUUGUGCGACACAUUGAAAAGGACUUGAAGGAUUGCGGGUACCUUAUCCGAAUGUAUCACAAGACCAACGUUUCAAGGGAGAACGCGAUGGCUAUUUAUCUUCAACAACGAGCCGAACGUCUCCUUCUUCGAAAGAAUGAUCUAAUUGCUGCGAUGUCAAUAUCAUACAUGAAAAGUCUAGAGCGCUUUCGCGCUCUUGGCCGCACUAUUGUCCAACGGAUCCGAGAAAAGCGUCAAAGACUUAGAUGGGAAUUUUACAGAAACCGCCGCGAUGUGCGAAAUGAAUAUGUAUCUCUCGUUGCGAAGCAACUGCAAUGUGCGGAGACGAGAGCAAUUUGGCAUGUUGGUAUAUCCCUAACUCCAGAAGAAGAGGAGCGGUUAAAAGAUUUGUCUGACAAUUUGUCGGAUGCCGAUUGGGCUUAUUAUCAGUCACUUGCCAGAUUAAAGUACCGACUAACUCGUGCUCAUCUUAAUCUGGUUUGUUGCAACUGUGGAAAAAUCCCUGUCAUCGGUAAAGCCUACCAAUGCAUUUUAUGCACAUCUGUUAGCUUCUGCGAAGAAUGCGAACGGACGACCCCUUCUGGGAUUCAAGAUGCCAUUGGGAAACCGCACUUAUCCUCCCAUCCGCUGCUUCAGAUUUCCCGACCCGUUGUUCAAAUAAGUAACACCGAGCUAGAAGAUAUUACUCGGAUGUAUGAACGGCUCGUCCAUUGCAAGCAGGAUAGUGAUGAGUCAGAUUCGGAUGCGCAAUGGAGCGAUGGGGACGCUGAUCUAGAAUCGAGCGAUGAGGAUCUCGCUGGUGUCCACUUCCAAUCCACGAGUAGUUCGAUCAGAGAGUCACCCCUCGAGCUGGCACGACAGAAAACAUGGGAAUUCGCCGCGAUGAAGGUUAAGCUGGAGCACGCUGUCAAUGACCAUAAAGGCGAAGGCCUCAGCCCACGAUGCAUCAGGGAACUGGGCUACAAAUGUUCACAUUGUCACAAGGGCUAUACUGGUGUCCGGUUUAUUUUGGUGAGCCGCUAUCGAGGUAAACAUCUUUGCCCCAAGUGUGAACAAGAGCUCUCUGCACGUUACGAGAACGAUCCCUUACCCGCACAUUUGCUGCUCCUGCUAAAAUACACGUUGCCGGGGGUCGAAACACCCACACCAACCGUUGUCGGCGCCUUAGGAGGAGACCACGAUCUACAGCAAGAUGAACGUGUCCAAGCUCUCGAGGAUAAGCUUGGUAGGGUGGAAGAGAAACUCAAUUUGCUCCUAAGUCUGCUGAACGCCGAAAAUCGGCCGACAUGGGCUCUGAUGACAGAUUGA